AUGACGAUCUCUUCCACCCAAACCAUACCUUCAUCCCGAAUCACCCUGAACAUAGCAGAGAAACGAGAACCUAAGCCGCCUCCGAAGGUCUUCCCCGUCCGCGAGCCCCCGUUCAAGGGCAUCCUGCCCCCUCAACCAGAUGGCUAUGAGCGGAGUCGAGCUUCCCCAAGCACCAGCGCAAUAGUUAUCGACAAUGGAUCGCAUCUUGUUAAAGCCGGUUGGUCCUUCGACAAGGCCCCUCGUUUCAUCAUCCCCCCUAUCAUAGCCCGCUAUAGAGACCGCAAAGCCAAUCGCACAUGCCAGUUCGUCGGAUAUGAUGCCUAUGUCGAUGCGACAACCAGAGGCCAAGUGCGCAAUGCGUUCGAUCCUGGAACAAGCAUCGUCGGUAAUUGGGAUGUCAUGGAGGGCUUGCUGGAUUAUAUUUUCUUGAAGCUUGGUGUGGAUGGAGAAAACGGCGGCGUCGAUCGACCGCUUGUCUUCACGGAGCCCAUCGCCAAUCUGGGAUAUUCACGACGAAUGAUGAACGAGAUCGCCUUUGAAUGCUAUUCAGCUCCGUCUGUCGCCUAUGGAAUCGAUUCUCUGUUUGCAUACAAGUACAAUCGCGGUACAAAUGGCCUUGUCAUCUCAUCGUCCCAUUCUUCUACCCAUGUCAUCCCGGUUCUUAACUCCAAGGCCAUUUUAUCGAAUUGCACCAGGCUCAACUGGGGUGGCUACCAAUCCUGUGACUAUCUCAUGAAACUCCUCAAGUUAAAGUAUCCCACCUUUCCCGCGCGAAUAACGGAGACCCAAAUGGAAGAACUCCUGCAUCAGCACUGCUAUGUGUCGCAAGACUAUGAUCGAGAACUGAGCGGCUACCUUGACUGGGCCGGUUUAGAGGAUCGGGACCAUGUCAUCCAAUAUCCCUUCACAGAGCACAUCGUUCCAGAGAAGUCUGAAGAAGAGCUCGCUCGGAUAGCGGAACGCAAAAAGGAGAGCGGAAGGCGGCUGCAAGAACAGGCGGCAAAAAUGCGACUUGAAAAGUUGAUGAAGAAGGAACAAGAAUUAGAAUACUACAAGGAUCUACAGAAGAACUUGGCUUCAGAGAGUAAAAGGGAGGUCAGGCGGAUCCUUGAUGCGGAAGAUAUGAAGGAUGAAGCGCAGCUAGAAAAAACUAUAAGGGAGCUUGAAAAAUCCAUAAAACGAUCGCGGAAUAAAGAUCUUGGACAGGAAGAAACGGAAGAAAACUCUGAGGAGAUGUCGUUUGCCUUAUUGGACGUUCCCGACGAAGAGCUCGACGAGGCUGGCCUCAAGGAGAAGAAACAUCAACGGCUAAUGAAAUCUAACGUUGAAGCGAGACAGCGGGCCAAGGAGGAGAAAGAAAGAGAAAAAGCGAGAGUAGCGGAGGAAGAAAGGUUGGAUACUGAAAAACGUGAAAAUAAUUUUGAAGUUUGGGUUGAAGAGCGGAGACAGGCAAGAGACGCGAUAAUACAAAGGAUCAAAGAACGCGAACGCAUGAAGGCUGAUCUCGGCAACCGCAAAUCUCUCGCCAGCCAAAUCCGCAUGAAAACACUCGCCAAUCUCGCCGCGGACGGGCCCAAGAAACGCCGCCGUGGUGGAGACGAUGAUACAUUCGGCGCCAACGACGAGGACUGGGGAGUGUACCGUACAGUCGCCACAGGUGAAGGCAGCGAUGACGAAGACGAAGAAGAUCCCAAUCAACAGCUCAAAUCCAUCGAAGCCGAUCUCCUCAAGUACGACCCCGAGUUCACAGAAAACCACACGCUCGAAGCCCAGUCUGACUGGACGAAAUCCCUCAUCCACAUGUUCCUCCGCGGCCCAUGGCCAUUUGACCCGGAGAGCCAGCGUGAGGCCCACCAGCUACACCUCAACGUGGAGCGCAUCCGCGUUCCAGAAGUCGUUUUCCAGCCCUCCAUCGCCGGCGUCGAUCAAUCCGGCAUUGUCGAGAUGGCAGCGGACAUCGUGCUGCAGCGCUUCUCCUCUCGCGAAGACCAGGCCCACCUCCUGCGCGACGUGUUCAUCACGGGCGGGAACUCUCUCUUCCAGGGUUUCGACGAGCGAUUCGCGCGAGAAUUCCGUGCCGUUCUUCCCGAAGGUUCAGACUUGCGGGUGCGCAGGGCGAAUGAUCCGGUGCUUGAUGCGUGGAAGGGAGCAGCGCAGUGGGCGGCGGGUCCGGAUCUAGCGACGUGUUCGAUUUCAAGGCAGGAGUACUUGGAGAAGGGAAGCGAGUAUAUCAAGGAGCACAUGCUGGGGAAUGCAGCCUGA